AUGAGGACACUAUGGCCACCCACAAAGGGGAGACGCCUCUACAGCAUAAAAAUUAUUGACAAGGUGACAAAGAAAAGUGUAAAAAUAUAUGAGCAUUCUUCUUUUGGGCGAAAUGGGAAGGGAAAGAAAUCCAACGAGGGGCGUUGUCCACAUGACGAUGGUGAGAGUAUGCCUCCUACUGAAGGGGGACUUACGUGGGGAGAGAAUCACAGGGGGACACCCAUAGUGGGCGUUAAAAGUGCUGUGUGCAAAGUGGCCACAAGGAAGGCAUCCAUUUUUUAUGAAAGCGAAAGAAUUAUUAAAUGCGAAAGUGGAGCAGGCGGAGAUGGAGGUAUCAGCUUCAAGAAGUUUAAACGGAAGGUGUUGGGACCGUUGGGUAUACCAAAUGGGGGAAAAGGAGGAAACGGUGGUGACGUGUACUUACGUUAUUGGGACCCUAAAGGGGGUGGUCCCCUCAUCCCCAGGAGGAAGCGAAGAGGUGAAGACAAACAUGUGUUCGUUAACAACCUGGCAGAGUUACCCUGCGUUAUUUCUGCCACCAAUGGAGCGAAAGGAAAAGCUAAUCAACUGAGAGGGAAAAAUGGAAUGAGUGUUUUUUUACAUUUAAACAAAAUGUGUCAUGUGUAUAGACUGUUUCCUCGUGAGGGGGAAGAAUCUACAUCUACAAGGGUGGCACACACCGAAUGUAUAGGUGAAGCUUUGCACAUUUUAGGAGGACACACAUACGAUAAACAGGCGACUUCCUUGCAUGAUGAACAGAGGGAUCUACUAACGAUGGGGAGGAAGAACCAAUUGGCUAACCCCCACGUUAAGGGAGAUCAACAAAAUUUACUCACGUACAAAUCCCAAUACGAAGACAAAGUCUACAAGGUGAUAAAAAAAGAAGACCCCAUUUAUGUAAAAAAAAAUAUGCACAUUUUAAAGCAGCUAAUCAGGAUGGACAAACAAGUGGGCAGAGAAAUAUACAUCGGGAUGUUAAGUCCAAGUAACAGUUCACUUUUACUCUCCAAAGGUGGAGAAGGAGGUAAAGGGAACAACAUGCAAGAUACGUACACUUAUGGAAAAGGAGCAAAGGGGACUACGUCCUACAUAAGAAUCGUUUACCGAUGCAUUAGUGACACUUGCUUUUUGGGGUUUUCCGGGUCGGGGAAAUCCACUCUGCUUUCCUUGAUCGCGCCGAAAAUACACACGGUGAAUAACUUGUAUGUGCUGAAAAAGAUUUUCUUCACAGAUAACUUCCAGGUGUCCGUCGCGGACUUUGCGGGCGACAGCACAGAGGGUGGAACAGGCACAUCGGAUGGAAACUGCAUAUCAGGUGGAACCUGCAUAACAGAUGGAAAUUGCAUAACAGAUGAAAGUCGCAUAGCGGAGCAGAGCCCCCCCUUCCGCAUCAGCCCCAACGUGGCUCACCACUUGGAACUCGUCCACCUCCUCGUCCUCGUCCUGGACAUGCAUCACGAGCUGAUGCCCCAGUUUCGCGCCAUCAGGGAGGAACUGCGCCGGAAGGACGAGCGCCUAUUCCACAAGCCAUACAUCGUUGCCAUAAACAAGUGCGACGUCCAUUUCACGGAGAAGAUCAAUCGGGCAGAGGAAGCCUACCGGGAGAUAAAGGCCUAUGGAGGGGACGACGUCCCCGUUUUUUUUAUCAGUGCCAAAUACGCAAUGGGGAUUGACAAAUUCGUUACACACCUGCGGACGUGUGUGCAAAAGUUGAAGCAAGGAAAAUGCUGA